UUAGACUGUUUUGCCGCAACUACUGGGAAGUGGGGGAUGGUUUAUUUGCGGCUCCUUCAUCCGUCCACAGUCACUGUAUGGAAGGGCACUGUAGAAGUUUCCCGAAAUGUUCCUGUCACGAGUCGCGGCACCUCUCUUCCUCUCUGCCACUCCCCCAGGCCAAGCCCUCCUCGAGGUCCAGUAACGCUGCACUCGCAGCGGCGCUUCAGGGGAUCAGGCCGGGCUGCCGCACCGAGAAAAGCAGGCCCCGUGCGGGGCCGAGGAACGCACGCCCCGGGCGCCAGAAGGCACGCGGGAGGCUGGCAGGCGGCGGGAGAGCACUGGAGCCGAUACCAGAAUAUGGUUUCUAGUUUUAGGGUUUCUGAAUUACAAGUGUUACUAGGCUUUGCUGGACGGAAUAAAAGUGGGCGCAAGCAUGACCUCCUGAUGAGGGCGUUGCAUUUGUUGAAGAGUGGCUGCAGCCCUGCGGUUCAGAUUAAAAUCCGAGAAUUGUAUAGACGCCGGUAUCCACGGACUCUUGAAGGACUUUCUGAUUUAUCCACAAUCAAAUCAUCAGUUUUCAAUUUGGAUAGUAGCUCAUCACCUGUAGAACCUGACUUGGCCGUGGCUGGAAUCCACUCGUUGCCUUCCACUUCAGUUACUCCUCACUCACCGUCCUCUCCUGUUGGUUCUGUGCUGCUUCAAGAUACUAAGCCCACAUUUGAGAUGCAGCAACCAUCUCCCCCAAUUCCUCCGGUCCAUCCUGAUGUGCAGUUAAAAAAUUUGCCCUUUUAUGAUGUCCUUGAUGUUCUCAUCAAGCCUACAAGUUUAGUUCAAAGCAGUAUUCAACGAUUUCAAGAGAAGUUUUUUAUUUUUGCUCUGACACCUCAACAAGUUAGAGAGAUAUGCAUAUCCAGUUUGCAGAGUUCACUGUUGGGCUAUGCACCACCACCUAAAAAUGGAAUUGAACAGAAGCGCCCUGGACGCCCUUUGAAUAUUACAUCUUUAGUUAGGUUAUCUUCGGCUGUGCCAAACCAGAUUUCCAUUUCGUGGGCAUCAGAAAUUGGAAAGAAUUACUCCAUGUCUGUAUAUCUUGUACGACAGCUCACAUCAGCCAUGUUAUUACAGAGAUUAAAAAUGAAAGGUAUUAGAAACCCUGAUCAUUCCAGAGCACUAAUUAAAGAAAAACUUACUGCAGAUCCUGAUAGUGAAAUUGCUACAACUAGCCUUCGGGUAUCGUUGAUGUGCCCCUUAGGGAAAAUGAGGCUGACAAUUCCAUGUCGUGCAGUGACUUGUACACAUCUACAGUGUUUCGAUGCUGCUCUUUAUCUUCAAAUGAAUGAGAAGAAACCCACUUGGAUUUGUCCUGUGUGUGACAAAAAAGCUGCUUAUGAAAGUCUAAUUUUAGAUGGGCUUUUUAUGGAAAUUCUCAAUGACUGUUCUGAUGUGGAUGAGAUCAAAUUCCAAGAAGAUGGUUCUUGGUGUCCAAUGAGACCGAAGAAGGAAGCUAUGAAAGUAUCCAGCCAACCUUGUACAAAAAUAGAAAGUUCAAGUGUCCUCAGUAAGCCUUGUUCAAUGACUGUAGCCAGUGAGGCAAGCAAGAAGAAAGUGGAUAUUAUUGACCUAACAAUAGAAAGCUCUUCUGAUGAAGAGGAAGACCCUCCUGCCAAAAGGAAAUGCAUCUUUAUGUCAGAAACUCAAAGCAGCCCAACCAAAGGGGUUCUCAUGUAUCAGCCAUCUUCUGUAAGGGUGCCCAGUGUGACUUCGGUUGAUCCUGCUGCUAUUCCGCCUUCAUUAACAGACUACUCAGUACCAUUCCACCACACGCCAAUAUCAAGCAUGUCAUCAGAUUUGCCAGGUUUGGAUUUUCUUUCCCUUAUUCCAGUUGAUCCCCAGCAGUACUGUCCUCCUAUGUUUUUGGAUAGUCUCACCUCACCCUUAACAGCAAGCAGUACGUCUGUCACCACCACCAGCCCCCAUGAAAGCACUACUCAUGUUAGUUCAUCCAGCAGCAGGAGUGAGACAGGGGUCAUAACCAGCAGUGGAAGUAACAUUCCUGACAUCAUCUCAUUGGACUGAAGGAGGACUCACUCAAUUGUAGGAGUCAUUCAUCAA